AUGGAUGAUGAAGACGGCCGGUGCCUGCUAGAUGUCAUUUGUGAUCCUCAGGCCCUGAACGAUUUCCUACAUGGAUCUGAGAAGAUUGACAGUGAUGAUCUCCUGGACAACACAGGAGAUGCAGCCAGUGCCUUUUUUGAAGGUGCUGGGCUGCACGUCCAGGAGCCCUCCGGUAACCACCUGAGCACCGAGCAGAGCCAGCCCAGCACCAGUGUGGACCUGGACUUCUUAGAAGAUGACAUCCUGGGGUCCCCGUCCAGCGGGGGGGCCAACCUGCCCAACUCAGACCAGCCCUGUGACAUCCUCCAGCAGAGCCUGCAGGAGGCCAACAUCACGGAGCAGACGCUGGAGGCGGAGGCCGAGCUGGACCUGGGCUCCUUCCAGCUGCCCACGCUGCAGCCCGUGGUGCAGGCGGGUUCUGAGGGGGCUCCCCAGAUCUUCUCCGGGGGGGCUGACCUGAUCGGGCUGCAGCCCCCGGCCGUGCUGACCCACCAGGCCCUGGUGCAGCAGUCGGUGGGAGCCGACGUGGUCAACAAGGCCAUCAGUGUCCAGCCCUUCCUGCAGCAGGUGGGCCUGGGCAACGUCACCAUCCAGCCCAUCUCCAACCUGCAGGGCUUGCCCAACGGCAGCCCCAGCGGGACGCUGGGCAUCGGCCCCAUCCAGGUGGUGGGGCAGCAGGUGAUGGCCAUCAACCAGCCAGCCCAGCAGAUCAUCGCCAAGCAGGUGCAGCCCUCCCAGGUGGCCACCAUGCCUGUCGGCAGCUACAUCACCCAGACAGCCCCCGAGCAGCAGCAGGUCACCUUGGCCUCCACGGGGGUCUCGCCCCAGGGCACCGGGCUGGUCAUCCAGAAGAACCUGCCCACUGUGGCCACCACCACGCUCAACGGGAACUCCAUGUUCGGGAGCGUGUCGGGGACUCAGGGCUCCCAGCCCCUCACUGUCACCUCCAACCUGAGCAGCCCCCUGGUGCAGGCCCAGAACGUCAUCAUCCACAGGACCCCCACCCCCAUCCAGCCCAAACCUGCCGGCGUCCUGCAGCAGAAGCUCUACCAGAUCACCCCCAAGCCCUUCAGCUCCAACAACACCACCCUGACCAUCCAGAACGAGGCCACCCUGCAGCAGCAGAAAGCCCAGCAGAACUUGACCUUCAUGGCCAGCAAACCCGGGCAGAACGUGGUGCUGUCGGGCUUCCCCCAAGGGCUUCCAGCCAACGUCUUCAAGCAGCAACCGCCGCAGCAGCAGGCCAUCAGCAAGCCAACCCAGUUCCUGCUCCCGGGGCAGCUGGCCGGUGCCUCCGCCGUGCAGAUCCCCCAGCAGCUUUCGGCCCUGCAGGCCAACAUGGGAGGGCAGAUCCUGGCUACCUCCCACCCUGGAGGACAAGCCCACAUCAUCACCAGCCAAGGGCCAGGCGGGCAGCUGAUCACCAACCAGGCCCUGCCAGCCCAGAUCCUCACCAACCAGAACAUCGCCGGGCAGGCCCCCGCGCCGCUGCAGCUCAACGUGCCGCCCGCCGCGCCGCCCGGAGCCUCCCAGCCCAGCCCCGGCCUGGCCUCCAGCCCCGACAAGAUCAUCCUGGGCCAGGCGGCCACCGGAGCUGUCAUCAACCAGGACUCCAUGCAGAUGUUCCUGCAGCAGCCUUUGCAGUUCCCCGCAGGGCAGCAGAAGCUCCCUGGAGCCUCCCCGUCCCCUUCGCUACCUCAUCCUCCCCUGGGGGAGAGCCCGCAGCUCCCGGCCGCCCACCUCUCCCAAAUGCAAUCCCCCCACACGAAGCCCGGCGUGAUCAGCUCCGUCUCAGGCCUGAACCUCGGGAAGGGCCCCCUGCAGAUCCAGGUGGUUGGGAAGGGGUUGCCACAGCUCGUGCCCUCGGUGCCGGUGCAGAGCCAGCAGCUGUUCGACAAGCAGCUGGCUCUGAAGAAGGCCCCAACGCUGCAGCCCAGCAAGGAAGCCUGCUUCCUGGAGCAGCUGCACAAGCACCAGGGCUCCGUGCUGCAUCCCGACUACAAGACGCCGUUCCGCUCCUUCGAUGACGCCCUGCAGCGGCUCCUGCCCUACCACGUCUACCAGGGAAUGCUGCCCUCAGCCCAGGACUACAGGAAGGUGGACGAGGAGUUUGAGGCGGUGUCGACGCAGCUGCUGAAGCGCACCCAGGCCAUGCUGAACAAGUACCGCCUGCUCCUGCUGGAGGAGUCCCGGCGGGUCAGCCCCUCUGCCGAGAUGGUGAUGAUCGACCGCAUGUUCAUCCAGGAGGAGAAGACCAUGUUGGCCCUGGACAAGCAGCUGGCCAAGGAGAAGCCAGAUGAGUUCGUCUCCUCCUCCUCCUCCUCCUCCCGCUCCGGCCCCUCCUCAGCACCCGCGGCCUCGGUCCCCAGCGCGUCCCCGACCCCCGAGAGCCUGAAGGUGCCCCCGGCGCCCCCCCCGCUGCACCCCACCAAGCUGGUGAUCAAGCACAGCGGGGGGUCCCCCUCGGUCACCUGGGCCAAGGCGUCCCCGGGGCUGGACGGCGACGAGGAAGCGCUGCCCCCGCGCAGCAAACCCCCCCACAAGACCCCCCGCUUCUCCAGCGACAGCCCCCAGGACGACUCCCUCAACGAGCACCUCCAGAGCGCCAUCGACAGCAUCCUCAACCUCCAGCAACCUCAGGCCGGGGCUCAGAACGUCCGGACGCCUUCCUCUUCCUACAACUCCUCCUCCUCCCCUUUCUCCUCGCCCGUGCACCGGGCAGACCCCUACCUGGCCCCCCCCAGUCACAACGGUGGCCUUGGAGCCAGGACGUUGAACAGAUAA